AUGAGGGGCUUUCCGCUUCGACUGUCCCCUUGCAAAUCAGUGACUCAACACCGAACAACAACCUCAAAACUUGCCAAUAGAGCCAACCCCGGAUUCUCCACGAUCCCCCCAUUGAAAAUGCGUCUGCCCUACGCCCCCUCCGAACCCCCCGCAUCCGACCCCGACGCGGCCGACAUCUACGCCCGCAUUGCAGCCCGUCGCAACCCCCGCCCUCUCAUCCCGCUCGAUCUGUCCCUGCUGCACUCGCCCCCGGUCGCUGAUGGCUGGAACAGCUUCCUCGGUGCCAUCCGGACCCGCACCAUCAUUGACCAGGGACUCCUCGAACUCGCCGUCUGUCGCGUGGCGGUCUUGACUGGAGCAGUCUACGAAUGGAAUGCCCAUGCCCCGCUGGCAUUGAAGGGCGGAAUUCAAGCGCCAGAGUUGCAGGCCGUGCGGACUCUCCCCUCCACCGUGGUCGGAGAAGCUGCCGAGCUAUCGAAAGCCAAGGAGGCCCUGGCACAAAGCGCCUUGACUCCCCAGCAAAAGGCGAUCGUGCAGUAUGCGGAUGAAAUGACGCAGACGGUCAAGGUGCAGGAUGCGACCUUCGCGCAGUUGCAGACAGAGGGUUUCUCGGAUCGUGAGAUCGUCGAAUUGACGACCGGUAUUGCGGGAUAUAACUGCGUGAGCCGGGUGUUGGUUGCUUUGGACGUUGGGGAGAACAAUGCCAGGGAGAUGAAGAGCGUCGAUGAGUUGGUUGCGAACCUAUAG